AUGUACGCUUCCCUCUGCGAAAAACUUUCGCAAGCGCUGCCCGAGUUUCCGCCGUCCAAUGGGGCAGGAAAAGAGGAAGGGGAGCCGAUUUCAUUUCGCCGUGUGCUGCUGGGCACGUGUCAGGAGGAGUUUGAACGCGCUGCUAAGCAGAGACUGCAGGCUGGCGAGUUGCUGGGGUCGCUACAGGAAGGAAGCGUGGAAGGGGACGAGGGAGGAGAGGAGGGAGGAGAGGAGGGAGGAGAGGAGGGAGGGGAAGAGGAGGGGGGAGAGGAGGAGGGGGGAGAAAGGAAGACGGGAGAAGGGGACGGGGGAGAAGGGGAGGGGGUAGAAGGGGAAGGAGUAGAUGAGGUGAGUGGUCCGAUUCUAUGUGCGCUGGUGUGCAAGUGCAUGACCUUUUGGGUAAUCCUUCAUCCGUCCCCCCGCCCUCAACUGUCCCUCCGCCCUCAACUGUCCCCCCGCCCUCAUCUGUCCCCCCGCCCUCAUCUGUCCCCCCGCCCUCAUCUGUCCUCCUGCCCUCAUCUGUCCCCCCGCCCUCAUCUGUCCCCCCGCCCUCAUCUGUCCCCCCGCCCUCAUCUGUCCCCCCGCCCUCAUCUGUCCCCCCGCCCUCAUCUGUCCUCCUGCCCUCAUCUGUCCCCCCGCCCUCAUCUGUCCCCCCGCCCUCAUCUGUCCCCCCGCCCUCAUCUGUCCCCCCGCCCUCAUCUGUCCUCCUGCCCUCAUCUGUCCCCCCGCCCUCAUCUGUCCCCCCGCCCUCAUCUGUCCCCCCGCCCUCAUCUGUCCCCCCGCCCUCAUCUGUCCCCCCGCCCUCAUCUGUCCUCCUGCCCUCAUCUGUCCCCCCGCCCUCAUCUGUCCCCCCGCCCUCAUCUGUCCCCCCGCCCUCAUCUGUCCCCCUGCCCUCAUCUGUCCCCCCGCCCUCAUCUGUCCCCCCGCCCUCAUCUGUCCCCCCGCCCUCCCACGCACCACUCGUUACCCUCCUUUAGUUCCCUCCUCCCCGUUCCCUCCCUCAGGAUCUUCUGGGCGAUCCUACAUCCCUCACAACCCCCUUCCUCACAUCCCGCUCGCUUACACCUCUACCCUUAA